AUGCGUCUACGAAGCGGAUUGGAUAAGUCUAGCGAGCGAGAUAGUCGAAGUCAGCCUGCUCAAGCCGCAAGUCUCGGUAUGGAGGAAUAUCGUUUUACAGAUUUUGGCUCAAAUGGUGCGGAUUUUGGUUCUUCGAGGCAGAAUGGAUCGCCAUCUAGACCUGAAACUCAGAGCUGUGAGACAUCUCAUGGACAGCAGGCACAAGGCAUAGUCCUCUCCAGUCAACAUGAGGAACAUCAAGAAACCACAAUAGCAUUAUCACAUCAUACUCAAAGGCCUUACUCGGCACCACCAUCGUCCUAUGACCCAACUCUCUACCCCGGAGCCUUAGUUCCUGUGUUAUAUCCUACUACAUCUGCUUUAUACUUACAUCCUUAUAUAACUACAACUACCUCCCAGCCCCAACCUCAUUCUCAACUUCAAGUUCAACAGAACUAUUCAUCCCAUAUGCCACCUCAUACAAAUGUACCUCAGCCUGAAUCCAUCUACACCUACGACUCACAUCUAUACCCCUACCCACCACCACCACCAGCUCCUACACCACCACCGCCUCUUCCACAUUUUCGUCGCUUCCAACCCUCUCAGUACGAACCCCAAGCUCCUUUACCAUGCCACCAAGCCCAAACCCAAUACCACCUCCCUCAGACUCAACCUCAACCUCAAACACACCACCUCCCAUCUAUGAGACCAAACUUCCCCCCUCUUCCCACUCUCACUUUCGAAACACACCCCCAAACUCAACAACCCCAUCACCAAUCGCAAGAUUCUCCCUGGUCUCCACUCUCCGCCCACGAAUCCCGCAAACGCCGCGCUUCAGACGCCUUGAGCAAUGCCGGCUUAGGCGUCCCGGACGCAGAUGUGGAGUGGGGGUAUAAGGAUAAGAUGAGUCAGGAGCUUGAUUCUCUGGAGAUGGAAAGUAGGAGUUUGAGGAGGAGAGAUGAACAGCGUGAGGGUAGCGCCAGGGGUAAUGAUCUAGAGAGAAGUAGAAGAAGCAGAAGAAGAAGAAGGUUAAACGAUGGAGAUGUAGGGAAUGGAAGUGCGGGACGAAGACAAGGAGGAAGAGAUGAAGAUGAGAAUGAGAAUGAGAAUGAGAAUGAGAAUGAUGUUGGGUACGAAGGAAGAAUCGCGCGAGGAGAGGAAGAAAGCGAUCGAGGAAACGGGCAUGCAUUCUCGUGA